AUGCAAUCUUCUGGAAAGUGCCUAUAUUCGGGCUGCUCCAAGAGACCGACGUACGGCGUCGAAGCGAGCCGAAAGAGAGAGUGCUGCAGCCAGCAUGCUCGGCCAUGGAUGGUUAAUAUUGACCUCACGAGGUGCGCCAAGGACAACUGCGAGACUCGCGCCACCUUCGGUGAACCGGGGAGCGGUCGGCGUCAGUUCUGCAGCAAGCACGCUCCAAAAGGCAUGCUCAACUUGGAGCGAAAGAACUGCUCGGCAGACGACUGCCUGAUGCCGCCGACGUACUGGCACGAGGGGAACCGGAAGCGGAGGUUCUGCAGCAAGCACGCGGAGGACGGCAUGGUCAAGUUGGACAAAAAGCUGUGUCCGGUCAAGGGCUGCGUUACGUCGGCGUCCUACGGGGUCAUGGGGAAGAAGCGAACCUUCUGUGCCGUGCACGCUGAGCCAGGCAUGGUGUCCAUCGGGGGAAGGCGGUGCGCGGAGGGAGCCUGCGGCAAGCGCGCGAACUACGGCGUCGCCGGGACCAACAAGCGGGAGUUCUGCGCCUCUCACGCGGAGGCCGGGAUGGUGAACAUCAACAACCAGAAGAAAGGCUCGAUUCAGAGGAAAAAGGCCAGCGCCACCAGCAACAACGCCGGGCCACACGAUGAUAUCGAAGAGGAGAGCGACGAGAAGCCGGCCGUGCGCGGCGACGGUCGACGAGCCAGUGAUGCUUCCGUCUUGGGCAAAGAAGAAGAAGGGGGAGUGGGAGCGAGUUUCGCUGGUAGCGCCGAGGAGAAGGGACCGGUGAGCAUGGCCGCAGACGAACACAACAAUUCCUGGAGCGAGCCCCGCUUGCCGGUAGCGGCGACUCGCGACGGGGGAGUGUGGGACUUGAGAGGACCCCGUGGCGUUGGUAGCAGCAGUAGCGGAGGCAGCAGCUCCGGCGGCGGCGGUGGCGGCAGAGGGAAUGAAAGCUCUGCUGCUUACACAGGCCCCCGGGCCAAAGGCAGCAAGGCGGCAGGCAGUCCCCCCAUGGCGGCAGCAGAGGGAGUCAUGAGGCGGCACAGCGAUGUGAAGCAUGAGGAAGCUGCAGGAAACUUCAGGGCUGAAGGAACACCUACAAGUUCACCAGAAGAGGACGCGAGGCAGGGGGCUAAGUCUUGUUCUCCAAAGGAAAUAGAAGGACGCACCGCAUCGGAACAAUAUGGGGGGUCUGUAAGGUCAACGUCGUCGUCGUCACCGCUGACCGGGAGGAGGCCGAAACGGCCGAAGAAGGUGAUGCGGCCGUGGCCGAAAAGCAACGGCACCACCGUUCCGCUUCUGCUUACGUCAGACGGGUGGUCGAGCUGGGAGUGGCAACCGCUGGCCAUGAGUUGA